UUAGUUCACCAGCGGACUCUCCGAGAUAAAGAAGAAAACAACUCAUUCCCUUUUCUCUCUUAAUAAACCCAUUGCCCCACAAUACACCAUAAUACCCUCUUCAUUUUUCUCUCUUUUUCUCGCACGGAGUUGGUUAUCGACGCAAACAAAGAGCGAUGGCUUGCUCGAGUUUGCUGAAAUUGACUGCCUCCUCUUCAUCGUGGAUCGCAGGCCAGCAGGCAGUCAAUCAGCGACCUGGAUCGGCGGCGCGGUUCCCCACCCGCCGUGUAUCGGUUAUCCGUGCUGGAUCUUACACGGAUGAACUUAUCAAAACCGCCAAAUCAAUUGCAUCUCCAGGUAGGGGAAUCCUUGCAAUUGAUGAAUCAAAUGCGACAUGUGGAAAGAGGUUGGCGUCCAUUGGACUUGACAACACAGAAACAAACAGACAGGCUUAUAGACAACUUCUCCUGACUACUCCUGGCCUCGGUGAAUAUAUUUCUGGUGCCAUUCUCUUUGAAGAGACACUUUACCAGUCAACCACGGACGGAAAGAAGUUCGUGGACUGCUUGCGUUGCGUGAUGAUCGUUCCUGGUAUCAAAGUUGAUAAGGGUUUGGUUCCACUACCAGGGUCAAACAAUGAAUCGUGGUGCCAGGGAUUGGAUGGAUUGGCUUCUAGAUCUGCCGAAUACUAUAAGCAAGGGGCUCGUUUUGCAAAGUGGAGAACUGUUGUGAGCAUACCCUGUGGUCCGUCUGCUUUGGCUGUUAAAGAAGCAGCUUGGGGUCUCGCACGUUAUGCCGCAAUUUCUCAGGAAAAUGGCCUUGUGCCUAUUGUUGAACCUGAGAUUCUUCUCGAUGGGGAUCAUCCAAUCGAGAGGACACUUGAAGUGGCAGAGAGAGUAUGGGCCGAGGUCUUCUACUACUUGGCGGAGAACAAUGUCACGUUCGAAGGAAUUCUGCUUAAACCGAGCAUGGUAACUCCAGGGGCUGAACACAAAGAGAAAGCUUCACCAGAUACCAUUGCCAAAUAUACACUCACCAUGCUUCGAAGAAGAGUGCCUCCUGCGGUCCCUGGAAUCAUGUUCUUGUCAGGAGGACAAUCUGAAGUGGAGGCAACAUUGAACCUCAACGCAAUGAACCAAAGUCCCAACCCAUGGCAUGUAUCUUUCUCCUAUGCACGAGCACUGCAAAACACUGUGCUCAAGACAUGGCAAGGUCACCCAGAGAACGUAGAAGCAGCACAGAAAGCACUUUUGGUGCGUGCAAAGGCAAACUCCUUGGCACAACUUGGAAAGUACUCAGCUGAGGGCGAGAACGAGGAGGCUAAGAAGGGAAUGUUUGUCAAGGGCUAUACAUACUAACUGGGGGCUCAAAAGCCCUUAGUUGCUCCCUUCAGUGAAAGACUCGAAUGCAAUAGCCCUUUUCAAUCUUUUUGUUUCUUGGUCUAAAUUACUUAGUUCUUGAAUAAUGUUUGUAAUAAGUUGUCAUAAGUGAGAACCAAGUAUCCAAACUUUAGCCUGUAUGAGGUUGGGAUAUUGAUGAGGACCAUGAGGCUUAAUGUACCAUUGUGAAGGAAUGUUUGUUUAGUAUCAGGAUGGUAGUGUGAGCUAAAUACUUAUGCAUCUACUGUAACUUUGUACUUAUUUACGUUUAUUAAAUUUUGUGCUCGGUCAUGAACCU